AUGGGUGCCGAAAAGAAGAAGAACUCCAAUGACAACGAGAAGAAGAAGGGUGGUAGUGGCAAGGGCAAGGGCAAAGGCAAGGGCACCAAGGCCCCCCCUGGACCCCUCAACGCCGCUGAUUUGGACCUGUUGAGGCGGGUGAUCGCCUCAACCGCGAAUGAUCCUGCGGCAUCGACCAUUUCGGUCGACUAUCUGGAGCUCCAGAAGUCGUACCCAAAGCACAAUGUGCGGGCGUUGCAGCAAAAGGUCUGCCGCCUGGGUGAAAAGACAAAGGCCAUGGGCACCAAGAUUCGGGGUGUUGGCCGCGGCAAGGCCAAGGCCCAGGGCAAGGCCAAGGGCAAGGCCGCCCAGAAAGAGGUGGAGGAAGAGGAGGAGGACGACGACGACGACAACAACGAUGAAGAGGAAGAGGAAGAGGACGAGGAUGAUGGAGCGGGUUGCCCCAAGCAGCCCAAGGACGAUGACGACGAUGGAGGCCCAAUGGGCAAGAAGGGUGGUGGUGGUGGUGGCGGCCGUGGCCCUGGUGCCGUUGGCAUGCCUGUGGUGGUGGCCACAGCAUGA